CGCGGGCAGCGCAGCCCAUGCCGGCCGCCGGGGUGGGGGCGCCGGCCGCCUUCGGGGCCUGGGACUACGGCGUCUUCGCGCUGAUGCUGCUGGUGUCCACCGGCAUCGGGCUGUGGGUGGCGCUGGCGCGCGGCGGGCAGCGCAGCCCCGACGACUUCUUCACCGGUGGCCGGAGGCUCGGGGCGCUGCCCGUGGGGCUGUCGCUGGCCGCCAGCUUCAUGUCGGCUGUGCAGGUGCUGGGGGUCCCGGCCGAGGCCGCGCGCUAUGGCCUCAAGUUCCUGUGGAUGUGCCUGGGCCAGGUGCUGUGCUCGGCAUUCACGGCCGCUCUCUUCCUGCCGGUCUUCUACCGCCUGGGCCUCACCAGCACCUACCAGUACCUGGAGAUGCGCUUCAACCGCGCCGUGCGCCUCUGCGGGACGCUGCAGUACCUGCUGGCCACGGUGCUGUACACGGGCAUCGUGAUCUACGCGCCUGCGCUCAUCCUGAACCAAGUGACCGGCUUGGACAUCUGGGCGUCGCUCCUGUCCACCGGAAUCAUCUGCACCUUCUACACGACUGUAGGCGGCAUGAAGGCCGUGGUGUGGACCGACGCGUUCCAGGUGGUGGUGAUGCUGAGCGGCUUCUGGGCCAUCCUGGCCCGCGGGGCUGUGCUCCUGGGCGGGCCUCGGCAAGUGCUCAGGCUGGCCCAGAACCACUCCCGGAUCAACCUGCUGGACUUUGACCCUGAUCCUCGGAGCCGCUACACGUUCUGGACCUUCGUGGUGGGCGGCACGUUGGUGUGGCUCUCCAUGUACGGUGUGAACCAGGCACAGGUGCAGCGCUACGUGGCCUGCAGCACGGAGCGGAAGGCCAAGCUGGCCGUUCUCAUCAACCAGCUGGGCCUGUUAGUGAUUGUGACCAGCGCCGCCUGCUGUGGCAUCCUCAUGUUCGUCUUCUACAGCGACUGCGACCCUCUCCUCACAGGGCGCAUUUCCGCCCCAGACCAGUACAUGCCCCUGUUCGUGCUGGACAUCUUCGAGGACCUCCCCGGCGUGCCGGGGCUCUUCCUGGCCUGUGCCUACAGCGGCACCCUCAGCACGGCGUCCACCAGCAUCAACGCCAUGGCGGCCGUGACCCUGGAGGACCUGAUCAAGCCGCUCCUGCCCGGCCUGGCGCCGCGCCGCCUGGUGCUCGUCUCCAAGGGCCUGUCGCUGGUCUUCGGCUCGGCCUGCCUCGCCGUGGCCGCCCUGUCCUCCCUGCUGGGGGGCGGCGUCCUGCAGGGCUCUUUCACCGUCAUGGGCGUCAUCAGCGGCCCCCUGCUCGGAGCCUUCGCGCUGGGAAUGUUCCUGCCCGCGUGCAACGCACCGGGCGUCCUCUCCGGGCUGGGCGCGGGCUUCUCGAUCUCCCUAUGGGUGGCCUUGGGCGCCACGCUGUACCCGCCCAGCGAGCAGACCAUGGGCGUCCUGCCGUCUUCGGCCACAGCCUGUGUGGUUUCCUCCAGCAACGCCUCAGUCCUUCUGGACUCGCUUCCCACCGUCAACGCCUCCGCCUCCAGUUUAUUUUUAGUUUAUAGAGUCAGGGUCUCGCUAUGCAGCCCAGGGUGGCCUCUUAACUCGCGGCGAUCCUCCUGCCUCAGCCUCCCGAGUGUUGGGGUGACGGGCUCCGGCUCCAGCUCCGCAGGGGACCCGGGGCGGCCUGCCCUGGCUCACAGCUUCUACGCCAUCUCCUACCUGUACUACGGAGCCCUGGGCACGCUCACGACCGUGCUGUGUGGAGCCCUGGUCAGCUACUUGACGGGCCCCACCAAGCGCAGCAGCCUGGGCCCUGGGCUGCUGUGGUGGGAUCUCACCCGGAAGACAGCGUCGGUGGCCCCCAAGGAGGACGUGGCCACGCUGGGAGACGGCCUGGUGAAGGGUCUGGAAGAAAUUCCUGUGGGAGCCAAGAGUGCCCCGGACUCCCGGGACUUCCUGCCCACGGAGGAGAACCGCCCGCUUUUCCUGCAGCAUGAGGCCAGGGGGCCUGGGCCCUGGGCACCCAGCGGGGGCAAAGGCAAAGGGGAACAGGACCUUGAGACCAACCUCUGAGGGCAGGACAGCACCUGGGAUGGACCUCUAGAUGAGCCAAUGCCUGGCCAAGGCCAGAGGCCUCCCACUCCUAUUGGCUGGAUAGCAUCUUUAUGCAAAUAAGCUUCGACUGGCAUAGUCCCCGCCCAUGGGAGGAGGCGAGGCUCCGCCCCCCGGAAGUCCCUGUGCGCCCCAGGGCCUGGGAGGGAGAGUUGGGCCAGAUAACCUCCAGCCUUUGCCUAUCAGCUGCCUCUGCUCCCCUUGCCUAAUGGGAAGCCCCACUGUUCACUGGGAACCUCAGAAAGCGAGCUUACUGGAAAUAGGGUCAGUGCGGCUAUCGUCUAAAUUAAAAUGAGGUCACACGGGAGCAAGGUGGACCCGAAUCCAAAACUAGGGAAGAGGGCUGGGAUCCAGCUCAGAGGGGCUCACCUGCCCAGCGUGCUCGAGGCCCUGGGCUCCAUCCCAGCAAUGCCCCAAAACUAAAAUCAAAAUAAAAGGUGGGCCGGGCGUGGUGGUGCACCCCCCUUCAUUCAUAGCACUCGGGAGGCUGCCUGGGCUACGUGGCGAGGGCCUGAAUCAAACGAAACAAAGAAAAAGAAAAUGUGGAGGAGAAACGGAUCACACAGAAGGAGGGCAAAGCCAUAAAAAGAUGGAAGCAGACAUCGAGUGACAGAUCUGAAAGCCAGGAAACCCCAGGAGCUGUCAGCAACUACCAGAAGCCAAGGGAAGCUGGGGCUGGGUCUGCCUUAGAGCCCUCAAAGCCACGCCCCUCCUGACACUUGCCGCCUGACCCAGCCCCUGUCACCCCUGAAUACUUCAUUCCUUUUCAUUGCUGAGUAGUAGUCCGUUGCCUGGAUAGACCAUUAUGCGCCAUUCAUUCCCCAGGAGUGGACCUCUAUGGUUCCCAGCUGUUGGUGAUUAGAAAUAAAAUUGCUACAGACAUUCGUGUGCAAA